AUGCUUGGUGGAUUUUUUAAAGUAACCCUAUCUCUUCAUGUUUUGAUCCUGUUCGUUACUCUUCUAUGGCAAGUAGCAACUGCAAAUACUUCAUCGAACCUGGAAAUUGACAAUAGUUUGGCUAAAUCAAAUGAAGAAAUCUCUCAUUUAUUAGCUAAUAAUAACGAACAAAAAAGUGUAAAUCUGGUGAAUCCUUCAUUAAAUAAUCCAGCAGCCAGUCAUAAAUCUCUUCAUAACAAAAAACGUAUUCACUCACGAUCACGUCGUCGUUAUAGAAAAAAAUUGCAUCCAAAUACUGAACUACCAAAUUCAUCAAAUGGUAUUCAAUCAGAAGGUAGGCAUAAAAAAAAAUCUCGAUUAUCCAAACAAAUUCGUUCUAUAGUAGAUAAUCGUCUGAAACGUUUUCGAAUGUUAAAUCCAGAAGAAUUUCAAGAAAUGCUCAGCUCAAUGAGCCAACAACAACCAGAUGAACAACGAACAGGAUACAAUCCUAUGAAUACACUCGAUGGUAUACAACUUGAAAGUAAAUUUAAUUAUUAUUAUGAUUAA